CAGUCUGUGUGUCUACACGGACUGGACUGGGAGCGAUACCACCGUUGAUUGUUGCCGGGCCGUAUGAAAACAUUUGGGGGCCUUGAGGCAGAAGUGGCAGGGUUGGUGGCGUCCGCUGUCCCUGUCCCUCCUGGUCUGAUGCCGGGGUGUGUGGACACCAAGUGUACGUACGUCUUAUGUGUGCUCUACGUAGGCCCCCGAGUUCACAGGGGCAUUCGAGGCCUCUCUUUCUAAACAAGGUUCUUUCUCCUUCCCUUUUCUCCUCUGCUUAUUCAAGUUGGAGUCUUAGCAACCACUAACCCAGCUGUCCUCACUUUGUAGGAUAGCAUAACUGUUCCCCGGCCUCCAGAAGUGAUUUGGCUUGUUCACGGCCACAGGGCACGGGCUCGCGGCGCUCACACCGAGCCUCGUCUUCACCGAUGCACGUGGUUCAUUGUCCAGGCGUCUUGUCUCUCAGGUGACCUCUGCGGUCAAGGGCUGAGCAAGCGUUUGCAGAAGCGCCACCUUGGGGCUCAGUCAAGCUCAGUAGCUCUGAAGAGAAAGGACAGCUGCCUGUAAUCCCCCGCACUCCUCCCCCGUGACCUGUCUGCUGUGGCCCAGGUGGAGGGGGGGGAGGGGAGGCUUCUCUGCGGACCGAGCCAAAGUUGGCCAACCAAGGGUUGAUCGAAACAGCCAGAGGCUCAUUACCCGCGGCUGAGAGCAUCAGCUGUUUCUAGAACUUGAAAGCAGCUUUUCAAAACACAACAAUUAAGAGACGCUCUUAGAUACUAGAUACACCUUCGUUGGUGCCAAUAAGGUUUCAUCAGCUCUGAGAGGGGCUGUGAUGUUCAUUUGACCGUCCCUUUGUGGGGGCCAGACCCACAGAUGCCCUUUAGACUCUGCUACCUGACGCGUCACUGGGUGGGUCCCAGCCUUCCGAGAGCGGCUGUUACCAUGUGUGGUAGGGUUUCCCUUUGCACUUCGUUUCGAGGUUGGAAAGAAAAAGUGGCUGCCGGGACCUGAGGGACAUUGGUGCCCCGAUUCAGCUCGCGUGUUUGUUUCCUAACUGUGCUGUUGUUAAUGGUCCACCUCGCGGCGGGGCAGGAGGAAGUUCUAAAUGUGUUUUCUCUCUGCUUGAUGUUUGCCAGUGAUUUUCCCAACUUGAAUUUUGCUGCUGUUGACACAGUUGUCCGUCCCUUUGUGUGUCUCUGUCAGAGACUCGAAGGGCUGUGGAGGUGAGCUGCACCAGUCCCACGUGUGCACUCCCAGUGCUCGCACACAAUGGCCCACCUUCUGUCUGGUGCGGGCUCCGGGAGGGGCCGAGACAUGCACGUGGGACUGCUCCGCAGGUUCUGGCCAAGUGUAGACGCGGGAGCUUACCGCUGGGUCAACUGAGAGGCCCUCUAGGCCUGGGACCCUGGCUGUCACCGAAGCGGCCUGCCGUCUCAAGAGUGUGCAUGCCUCUCUUCAGUCUAGAGGCGGUCUGAGCUUCGUCGGGGGUGCUGGGAGGCCAGGGCCCAGCCGUGUGUGACCAGGAGGCCAGGUCGAGCCUCAGCCCGGCAGCGUGGGGUCAGUGCGGCACUGAGCGAGCCCCUCUCCCCUGUGGGGUUCAGUUUGCCCAUUUGUAGAAGAAGAGGUUCUCAAAGGAGUGGGGGCAAUUUUGUCCCCCCACCAAGGGACACGUGGCACUGUCUGGAGGCAUUUUGGGUUGUCACAAUUGGAGGGGGGCUGCUAACGGCAUCUGGUGGGCAGAGGCCAGGGAUGCCGCUCACCACCCUUCGGUGCAGGACGGCCCAUGAUAGAGAGCCCACAAUAGAGAUUGACUCGAUGCAGACGCCCGGGGGCACAGGUGGGGAGGCUGCCCCCUAGUGAGCUCGCGGGGCCUUGUCACGCUGUGAUCCUAACUCACCAAGGCCCUCGCCUGAGCAUGCAUGCCGUGCGUUGUUGCCGUCUACACACGGGUACUGAGACGACAGGGGAUCCCAGAAGGGCGCCGUGGCCGUCGCCCCGGGGGUCUGAGCCAGACAGGCCGGUGGCACCUGCAGACCCGCAGGGUAGUGCAGGGAGAGGUGCUGAGGGUCCCUGCGCGCCCCGGCGUCCAGCGUCCGUCCCGCGGCUGCCUCAGCUGGGUUUCUGUGGCCCGCAGUUCCUCCGAGUCACGAAGCAGUACCUGCCCCACGUGGCGCGCCUCUGCCUGAUCAGCACGUUCCUGGAGGACGGCGUCCGCAUGUGGUUCCAGUGGGGCGAGCAGCGUGACUACAUUGACACCACGUGGGGCUGCGGCUACGCGCUGGCCUCCGCCUUCGUGCUCCUCAACCUGCUCGGGCAGCUGACUGGCUGCAUCCUGGUGUUGAGCAGGAACUUCGUGCAGUACGCCUGCUUCGGGCUCUUCGGGAUCAUAGCCCUACAGACGAUUGCUUACAGCAUCCUAUGGGACUUGAAGUUUUUGAUGAGGAAUCUGGCCCUGGGAGGAGGCUUGUUGCUGCUCCUAGCGGAGUCCCGUUCCGAAGGGAAGAGCAUGUUCGCAGGCGUUCCCACCAUGCGCGAGAGCUCUCCCAAACAGUACAUGCAGCUCGGAGGCAGGGUUUUGCUGGUCUUGAUGUUCAUGACCCUCCUUCACUUUGACGCCAGCUUCUUCUCGAUUCUCCAGAACAUCGUGGGCACAGCUCUGAUGAUUUUAGUGGCUGUUGGUUUUAAAACCAAGCUAGCCGCUUUGACUCUUGUCGUCUGGCUGUUUGCCAUCAACGUGUAUUUCAACGCCUUCUGGACCAUUCCUGUCUAUAAGCCCAUGCACGACUUCCUGAAGUACGACUUCUUCCAGACCAUGUCGGUGAUCGGAGGCUUGCUCCUGGUGGUGGCCCUGGGUCCCGGGGGCGUCUCCAUGGAUGAGAAGAAGAAAGAGUGGUAACAGACCCCUUCCCUGCCUGGCUGAGACCCGUGGCCAUCGAGGACUGGUUCGGGGCGGAUUUGACAAAACUGCCAGCAUUUAUGUACCCUCUUCCCUCCCCUCCUGGUAAAGGCACAGAUGUUUUGAGAGUUUAUUUGCAGACACCUGAAAAUUGAUGGCUAAAUUUGCUCUGGACCCACACCUAGUAUCUGACCCUCGGAGCUGGCCGGCUGGAUGGCAGUAUCUACCCCCACCCCCUCACCAAGGCAAGGCCUCGGCUUCUCGGAGCGAGUGGCUGGCUUGGCUGGGGCCUCACUUCCUAUUUUGUUUCUGGUUCGCGGGUGGGGGCCUCAAGCUGUACUGUGAGCAGAUACAUUUGUGUAUCCUUCAAAGCAGUCUCCCUCUUAUUAUUUUUUCAGUUUACGUUUUUAACUAAAAUGAAAGGAUUCGGGAUGGCCCAGCCCAACAUCAAACACACUGUCCAAGUCCUGGUUUUAAACCACCCCCACGGCUCCGAGUUGGCCCUGCCCCGCACUGUAAUACUUGCGGGGCCGGUGACGGCAUUUAGAGAGACCCAAACCCAAAGAAUGACGCUGCACUGGAGGGGUGGCCGCGGCCACUGUCCACGGUGGAAGUCACUCAUCAGAAAACCGCUUCAGACUGGGGCCGAGGUUUGAGAAGGCAAACCCCCGGGAGCUUUAGUGGCUCAAGGUGGGGACGGAGGCGCUCCCAAGUCCUCUGCAGGGACCCACGCUCCGACCCUGGCCUGGCCACACGUCUGCAGGUUGGCUCCCGUGUGAGGGGCGUGGGCCGAGUGGCAGCCGCGUGCGGCAGGGCAGCAACAAAGCGGGCUCUAGACCAGUUACCUCACCCCCGACCUUUACACAGAGCCUCUGCUGAAGGCCUGGGCACAGCUCUGACCCGGCUGAGCGCCCCGCCCGGUUCUCCUCCGGCUGGAGGGAUUCUUCCCAGGCUGUGCAGCCGCGAUGUACCAUCCUCACCAGGCUGUCGCUUGCUCUGAUUGUCUAUUUGCUAUGCUGAAUGCAGCCCAAAUUACUUUUUACAAUUUGUGAUGCCUUACCGAUUGGAUCUUAAUCCUGUAUUUAAAGUUUUCUAACAUUGCCUUACACUGCGUUUCUCUUCUUGGGGGUAUGAGCGCCUGUUGCUCUUCUCCGCUCGCGGGGCCGUAGCGGACGCCACGAGGGGAGAGUGGGGCAUCUUGGUGCCUCCCCCCGGUCCUCCCCCAGACCCUCUUGGGGGCAGGCUGACCAAACUCAAACGAGGACUGCCUGAAGCUUGUCUUUUCUCCUGGCUCAUCAGUUAGAUGUGCAGGCCUGAGGGUCACCCCCGGGGAUGCUGGGGUUCAGUCCCGAGCCAGGAUCCACAUCUACCAGCCAGACCAGAGCCAGCGUGAGGUGGGGAAGCUGCCCUGCUUUUGCCCCCCAGUGCUCUUAGAACCUUACCUGGCUCUGCAGCCUGGACCCACCAAGCCUGAGGGCGGCAUCUCGUGCCCAUGCCCCAGCCCCUGUGGAGGCUCAUCCCACAUGUUCCUAAACCCUCGCCCACGGCUCACUUGUAUACCCCUCUGGCCUUUCGAAGAUGAAGCAAUGGCUUACGGACAGAGGGCUUUUCUACUUCCCAGCACUAGGAUGCUCACCACACAAAGGGUGGUUUCUGACUCCAUGUUUCCGCCUUGGUAGGGCCAUUGCUUGGUGCACCCCCUUCCCCGUCAGCACAGCAGUCCUCUCAAAGGACACUUGGCCAAGUCUGUUCCUCUGCACCGUUUUUGACAGGGUACGGGUCCUUCUCGGCCCUGUGCUCGCAAGGCCUUUGUUGGUUUGUAGAAACAGGUUGACCCCAGGAGGCUGAGGGGUGUGGUCAGAGGUCACCCUCCAUGCCAGAAGUUAUUCCGGCCUCCUCCACCCUGAGCAGGCCAGUGCCUGAGACGGGGUAGAUGCCUUUGCAGGGAGGAAAGAAAAAUACCAUCUAUCAAUUGGCUUUGGCAAAACAAUUUCUGAAAAAUUUUUUGCUUUAUGUGGGAAAUAGGUAUAAAUCUCAUUUUAUGCUGUAUUUUAUAUCUUAGUUGUGUUUGAAAACGUUUUGAUUUUUGGAAACAUCUAAAUAAAUAACGGCAUUUGUUGUA